UCGUGCAUAGUUCGUUACCAAGUCCUUAGCAGUAUUUUCUCGUAGUCAGAAGGAGCUGAGAUGGAGGUUGUGGCCGGCCUUGACCUUGUGACGGCCGUCCUUCUGUUCUUCUGGGUUGUUUACCUGUGGGAGAACUACUUAUCCUUCAGACAGCGUGGAGUUUACAAGACGACGCGGGACAUCCCCUGGGAGCUCCGGUCGGUUCUGGAACACGACACCUUCGAGAAGGCGCGGCUGUAUCAGCUGGACAAAAAUGGCUUCAGUUUCUGGGCAGGCCUGUACUCACAACUGGAGAUGACUGUUAUCUUACUUCUGGGUGGGAUCCCCUUCCUGUGGAGAAAGUCUGGGGAUGUAACUGGGUACUUCGGCUAUGGGCCUGAGUAUGAGAUUUUGCAGUCUGUAAUGUUUGUACUGUUGGGUACUGUGUUUAGUACUGUGACAGGCCUUCCCUGGGGCUUAUACUCCACAUUUGUGAUAGAAGAUAGACAUGGCUUCAACAAACAGACCCUUGGGUUCUACUUCAAGGACCUUGCUAAGAAGUUUGUAGUGACCCAGCUGAUCUCCCUCCCCGUGGCAGCAGGUCUGCUGUACAUCAUCAAGGCAGGAGGAGACUACUUCUUCAUCUACGCCUGGCUCUUCACAUUUGUCGUUACCAUGGGUCUGAUCUUCAUCUAUGCAGACUACAUUGCUCCUCUGUUUGACCGUUUCACCCCCCUCCCUGAAGGAGACCUGCGGACACAGAUAGAGACACUAGCAGCUAGCAUCGAGUUUCCUCUCUAUAAGAUCUUUGUUGUAGAAGGUUCCAAGCGCUCCUCCCACAGCAAUGCCUACUUCUUUGGCUUCUACAAGAACAAGAGGAUCGUGUUGUUUGACACCCUGCUGGAGGAAAAUCCUGUAAAUAAGGAGGCUGCAGCAGGAGAGGAUGCUGGGAAUGCCUCAUCAGAGGACAGCUCAGACACAGCCAGCGAACCAGAACAGAAGGGAGAGGGAGAUGCUAAGGGGGAGGAGAAGAAGAAGAAGAUCGGCUGCAGCAAUGAUGAGAUCCUGGCUGUACUGGGCCACGAGCUGGGCCACUGGAAACUGGGCCACAACCUCAAAAACAUCAUCAUUAGCCAGGUGAACACGUUCCUGUGUUUCUUCCUAUUUGCCCUGCUGAGUAACUGGAAGGAGCUGUACGAGGCCUUCGGCUUCCCCGACUCCCAGCCUGCCCUCAUCGGCCUGCUGGUCAUCUUCCAGUUCAUCUUCUCUCCUUAUAACGAGCUGCUAUCCUUCCUCAUGACAGUGCUGAGCCGCAGGUUUGAGUUCCAGGCCGACACCUUCGCCCAGGGUCUGAACAAAGGAGCCGACCUGUGUACCGCACUUAUCAAACUCAACAAGGACAACCUGGGCUUCCCCGUACACGACUGGUUAUACGCCGCCUGGCACUACUCUCACCCAGGUCUGCUGGAGAGACUACGAGCGCUCGACUACAGACAGAAGGAACAGUAACGUGUGACAUUCUCAGGGCUAUCAAACAUUAUUAUAAGACCAUUGAAGGAAUGCUACUACUAAGGCUUACUGCAUCUUAGCUUGAAAGUUCAUCUGUGUUGGUGGACGUCAUUC